UUCCUCUCCGUCCCCCGCCGCUCCUGCCUCCCGCCCCCUGCCCGGCUCCAAGAUGAUGAAGUUUAGGUUUCGUCGGCAGGGCACCGACCCGCAGAGAGAGAAGAUAAAACAGGAGCUUUUCGCCUUCAACAAGACUUUGGAGCAUGGCUUCCCUCAUCAGCCCAGUGCUUUGGCCUUUGACCCCAAGCUGCAACUUAUGGCCAUCGGGACAAAGUCAGGAGCCAUCAAAGUCUACGGGGCCCCCGGUGUGGAGUUCACAGGACUACACAAAGACACCACAGCUGUCACACAAAUCCACUUCCUGCCUGGACAGGGCCGCCUGCUGUCACUGCUGGAUGACAACACGAUUCACCUGUGGGAGCUGGUGGCCGGUCCCCCCAGAGAGGUUGGCGGGUUGAAGAGGGAGGGCGUGGUCUGUCUACAGGAAGUGAGCAGCUACAGCCUCCCAGGAAGACCCGGCAUUGAGAGCUGCAGUGCCACUCGGGUGACUGUCCUCCUCUUGCUGAGGUCAUGUGACCUGCUCUGCAUUGGGACAGAGGGAGGGGGCGUGUACUUCCUGGAGUUGCCCCACCUCUCACUGAAGGACAGCCAGACGCUGCUCCAGGAUCAGGUCACGCAGAGCCUGCCGGAUGAUUACAGAUGUGGGAAAUCCCUGGGGCCGGUGGAAUCUCUUCAGGAACAUCCGCAGCAGCCAGGGAAGAUUCUGAUUGGCUACAGCCGGGGCCUGGUGGUCCUAUGGGAUCUGAGCACCCGGCAUGCUGAGCAGCUCUUCCUGGGCAAGCAGCAGCUGGAGAGCCUGGUAUGGGAACGAUCCGGAAACUUGUUUGUCAGUUCCCAUAAUGAUGGGGGUUACUCCGUGUGGGCGGUUACUAAUGGCAACACCUAUAAUCACCAGCCAGUGUCCUCCACCAUCCCAUAUGGUCCAUUUCCUUGUAAGGCUGUCAACAAGAUCCUGUGGAGGACAACACAAGCAGGAUCUCCAGUGUUGUUAUACAGCGGAGGGAUGCCCAGAGCCAGCUACGGUGACCGCCACUGUCUGACCAUCCAACAAGACAAAGACCACGUCACUCUGGACUUCACGUCUCGAGUCAUUGACUUCUUCACUGUCCACAGCAUAGAGCAAGAGAAAGAGUUCGACGAGCCGUCUGCGUUGGUAGUGCUACUGGAAGAAGAGCUGGUCGUGAUCGACCUCCAGACCCCCGGCUGGCCAUCGAUGCCCACUCCCUACCUGGCUCCUCUCCACUCCUCAGCCAUCACCUGCUCCUUCCACAUCUCCAGCGUUCCCCCCAAACUGUGGGAGAGGCUGGUGAACGCCGGCAAAGCGCAGCAGGGCCGACAACACGCACACGGGAGUUGGCCCAUAUGUGGAGGGAAAAACCUGGCACCUCCACCCAAACAACAAGAGCUGCUGCUGACGGGACAUGAAGACGGCACUGUGCGUUUCUGGGAUGCGUCCGGCGUCGCUCUCACUCCGCUGUACAAACUCAGCACGGCCAAUGUCUUCCACACCGACUGUGACCCUAGCGACGAUCCCCAGGACCCUAGCAACGACCCAGACAUGCAGCAGGAGGAGGAAUGGCCUCCCUUCAGGAAGGUGGGCUGUUUUGACCCGUACAGCGAUGACCCCAGGCUGGGCAUUCAGAAGAUCAAUCUCUGCAAAUACAGCAACAAGCUGGUGGUGGCUGGGACUGCAGGACAGGUGAUCGUUCUGGGUUUGAGCGACGAGCGUUCGGACCACUUGGUGGACGUGUCGGUGGUUGAUCUGCUGCAGGACAGGGAGGGCUUCACCUGGAAGGGCCAUGACAGGCUGGAGCCGCGGCUUAAACCCGCCCCCUUCCCGCCGGGCUUUCAGCCGCUGGUGCUGGUGCAGUGCCUGCCGCCGGCCUCUGUCACGGCGGUGGCGCUGCAUGCAGAGUGGAACCUGAUCUCCUUCGGGACGAGUCAUGGAUUUGGCCUGUUUGACUACCACAGACGAAAUGCUGUGCUGGCCAGGUGUACUCUGCACCCUAACGACUCUCUGGCCAUGGAGGGCCCCCUCUCCAGAGUCAAGUCCUUAAAGAAGUCUUUACGACAGAGCUUCAGACGCAUCCGCAAGAGCAGGGUAUCAGGGAAGAAACGCACCAUCACCACACCCACCAGCAAGGUCCAGGAGGCCAACGCCGCUCUAGCAGAGCAGGAGGAUGUGGCUCCAGUACAGAGGAGGAUUGAGCCGCGGUCUGCAGACGACUCGCUGUCCGGAGUGGUCCGAUGUCUCUGCUUCGCCGACACCUUUCUGCGUGACGGUACACAUCACGGCCCCACGCUAUGGGCGGGCACCAACUCGGGCAGCGUGUAUGCCUAUGCCCUGGAGGUGCCCGGCGUGGGCUCGGGGCGCGUGAACGAGCGUGGCGGAGCGGGCGAGAGCAGCGUGUGCGUGGAGGCGGUGUUGGGUAAAGAGAUCCAGCUGAUGCACAGGGCCCCCGUGGUCUCAAUCUGUGUGUUGGACGGCCGGGGGAAGCCGCUGCCGGACCCGUACGAGGCCUCCCAGGACCUCGCCAUCGCUCCGGAUAUGACCAACGCUCACUCAGUCCUCAUCGCCUCAGAAGAGCAGCUAAAGGUGUUCUCUCUCCCCAAGGUGAGCGCUAAGACCAAGUUCAAGCUGACGGCGCAUGAAGGCUGUCGGGUGAGGAAGGUGGCCCUAGUGGUCUUCAGCUCCACAGCUCAGGAGGACUACAGCGAACACACACUGGUCUGUCUGACCAACCUGGGCGACAUGCACCUCUUCAACAUACCUGGCCUUCGACCACAGGUUCGCUACGACUGCAUCCGUAAAGAAGACAUCAGCGGCAUCGCGUCCUGCGUCUUCACCAAGAACGGACAGGGGUUUUACCUGAUCUCUCCCUCAGAGUACGAGAGGUUCUCCCUGUCUGCCAAGGUCCUCACUGAACCGCUCUGCUCUGUUCAGCUGGACCGGCCGCUCGAGCCCACACCUGCCAGCGAGGGCACGACGACGCAGCCGCAGGCCAACGGAACCCACAAGAACCAGAUGGGCCAGGCUGAGGGGCAAAUAGAGGAGCCUCCGAGCGCCCUGUCCUCUCCCAUCCUGGACACCCCGCUGGACUCCCCCCUCAGCUGCGCUGACCUCACCCUCGACUCCACCGGAGAGCUGACUGUGGAGGACGUCAGGGACUUCCUAACCACUGUGGACGAGGCAGAGAACAACCUGAAGAACAUCAAAGAGGAGGAGGGACGCUCGACUGGCAUCCUCAUUAACUGAACAGUAUUACAGGAAGGGGCUCAAGUGGUCUGGAUGGACCGGAUUUCAGUGCUGGACCACAAACAUCUCCCAUCAGCCCACUGUGGAGCCCCGAGCCAGCACUCGCACUCUCCUGUCAGCCUGGCACAAACUGGGAGGAAAGCCUUAAUAUGGACGAAGAAUACAGCAGUAAAGACUCUUGUUGUGGUUCCUCUCAUCGGAAGAACUAAAUCUUCUUCUUCUACAACCACUUUGGAAACAUGACGUUGCCUCCUACACGGAGACAGAGACAGCCUGGAUGGACCUGAUCAUGACUUCGAGAACUGAAAACUGGAAUUUCCGUGGUCCAGCUCGCCGCUCUGCGCGACCGUUCCUCCUCGGCUCUUCCCCUGUGGACUGGACGGUUACGGGGCGCUCUCCAGGCGUAACGACUGUGGCUCAGCCUGCGAGGAAAGAGCGGUUACAUUCUGCACAGGAGACCCACCGGUGACGUUUCUGUGUUUUUGUAUUUCGUGCUGGGAUUAGUCCAGAUUUCCCCACAGUUGGAACUUGAAUUGGCGGUGGCCAGAUGUGCUUGUUGAUUCCUCGUGCACAGCGGUGGAUGUGUCGGACUGUCCUGCACGCUGCUCAACACCACCACGGCCCUGUGAAUGACCCCUGUUUGUGAACGGAGGAGGGUAUCCACCAGAGACUGAAAGAGAGCGAAACUAGCAAAUGAAGUAUUUUGAAUAUUUGAGUAUUGAAAGGUGUAGCAUUUGUACUCUUCCCCUCUGAGGUGCCAUUAAGGGCAGUUGAAUUGCCUCAGCCAGCGCGUGAGCUGGUGCAUAAAUCAGCUGUUUUCAGGUAUGUUAAUACACACAAGCACAUCACCACCAAGGUCUCAAGAAGCUCUCUGUCUGCUCUGUUGGUGUUGAAGUGCUGGAGUAAUGAAAGUGGUUUGUAUUGCAGAGAUCGAUGCUUUAUUAAAUACGUUUUGUACGGCUUUUGGACAAAGUAAAAACUAAUUUAAUGACAAAUGUAGUUGGGGAUGCGAGAGGAGAGAAUUCACAGCGAUAUGAGAGGGAACCUGCUGGCGAUGAGGGAAGAGAAGGUGGUGCUACCGUAUUUAGGACGAGAGCAGAUUUAGGUGGAGUACUAUUUUUGACACUUUUUUCAAAUACCUUUAUUGUAAAUGCAUGGCUUGAGUUGCAAAUACAUCCUGUAUGUCUAUUCUGUUUUUAGCAGGCAAAAUCAGUCAAGUGCAAAUUGAGCCAUGUGUCACAUGAGAAGGAGGUGGGCAGUGAUGUCAGUGUGGAGGUCUAAUGGUACGACACACCUGCGGUGAACUCUAGAGUUUGAGAAUAAAGUUUAUUUUUAUUCUCAUUUUCUGCUCUAGUUUGGUAAAAAAAAAACAAACAGCAUUGGUGAAAAGAAAAAAAAGUUCUCAGUUAUUCAGAGAUGAAGAGACGAAGGUAAAGGAUGUGGUGAAAUGAAGAGUCUCCAGCUGUUAAAUCCUCCCUCCUCUGUUAAUGUUACAUCAUCUCAUGCAGAAAUCUUUUUGACGGGACUCAGGGAAGUGUGGCAAGGGAAGCAAAGUCAGUCUGAAUGCUAAGUGUAAUGUACUGUGUACUACGAUGCACCCAGGAGAUGUCUUUUUUUGGGGUUUCUGUGAAUCGGUGCAUUCUGGGUAAAAUUGGCUAGAUGCAGAGCUUUGAUCACCAGUGUUUUUAACCCUUUUCUUUUUUUUAAAUGAAAGUUUUACUGUGUAAAAACAGAAAUAUAUACAGUAUCCAUACCUAGGGUUUACAGAAGACAGGUUUAUAACAGCAAGCCGAUGAUAGUCAGAUGUUAGAAGUAGAACCUGUUGUAGCCUAAAAGCCGCUCAGUAUUCAAACUUUCUGAUCACCUCACAAAAAACAAAAUAAAAAGUAAAAAAGGGACCUCACUAUUAACUAAUGUAGCUCAACAGGUAGGCAUCAUGUUAAUGUUUUGUUGUUUUUUUUUAUUUUUUGUUAGCUUUUUUUGGUGCUCUGGUUGACACACAAAUAAUUAACCCUUUGAUGCUACAGCUGGCACGAUUUACCUUUUUAAUUUCACCAUGAAGAUGAAUUUGUUUCUACUUUGUCAUUCAGUUUUGUGUGUAGGAUUUUAAUCGGGUCGUUUAGCAUUUUGGCUGAUGAAGAAUUGUGAAUGUUAAUAAAAUUAUUUACUC